CCGAAUCCGACCCGCAAAGCGAAAGUCUUCGUUUUCCCAUCUUCUAUAUCCUUCUCGGUCUUUACUCCAUCCAUAUCAAUAUCAUCUCGCUCUCUCUCUACCUCUUCAAUCUUGGCUCUCCUCCAAUUUUCCACAAGUUUGUUUGAUUUAGGGAUUGAAUCGGUUGGUGAAGGUGUGAAGAAAUAAGAAGAAGAAGAAGAUGUGGGCAGCUUCGUGCCUGGCGUCGUGUUGCGCCGGCUGUGCUUGCAAUCUGUGCCAGUCCGCCGUCUCCAGCAUCAGCCGCCGCUCUGCGAGGAUUGCAUACUGCUUCCUCUUUGCCUUUUCUCUCAUUGCUUCAUGGAUUCUUCGCGACGUCGCGCCGCCUCUACUGGAGAAGAUUCCUUGGAUUAAUCAUUUUCAUCAGAUACCGGAUAGGGAGUGGUUUGAGACGGAGGCCGUGCUUCGUGUUAGCUUGGGGAAUUUUCUGUUCUUCACUGUCCUGUCGGUUGUGAUGAUUGGUGUGAAGAGUCAGAAGGAUCCGCGUGAUGGUAUUCACCACGGUGGAUGGAUGAUGAAGGUUACUUGCUGGUUCGUGUUGGUGCUCUUCUCCUUGUUUUUUGUGCCGAAUGGGGUUAUUAGUUUCUAUGAGACAAUUGCAAAGUUUGGCUCAGGAUUCUUUCUUCUCGUACAAGUUGUGCUUCUGUUGGAUUUUGUUCAUGGAUGGAACGACAAAUGGGUUUCAUAUGAUGAGCAGUUUUGGUAUGUUGCUCUUUUUGUUGUCUCUCUAGUUUGUUAUGUGGCGACAUUCGUCUUCUCUGGACUUCUUUUCCACUUGUUCACGCCAUCUGGACAUGACUGCGGGCUCAACACCUUCUUUAUUGUCAUGACUCUGAUAUUUGUCUUCGUUUUCCUUAUAGUGGCACUGCAUCCUACUGUAGGUGGCAGCAUUUUACCUGCGUCAGUGAUAUCUGUGUACUGUACGUACCUCUGCUACAGUGCACUUGCCAGUGAGCCGAGGGACUAUGAGUGCAAUGGUCUCCACAAGCAUUCUAAAGCUGUUUCCACUGGCACUCUCACCUUAGGUUUGCUUACCACUGUUCUAUCUGUGGUUUAUUCUGCUGUGCGUGCUGGAUCUUCCACAACUCUCUUGUCUCCGCCUAGCUCACCUCGUGCAGGUGCUGGAAAACCACUGCUCCCAUUGGAUAAGCCGGAAGAACGUGAAGAAAAUGAGAAAGCCAAGUCAGUGUCGUAUUCAUAUGCCUUCUUCCACAUCAUUUUCUCACUUGCAAGUAUGUACUCGGCAAUGCUUUUGACAGGGUGGUCAACUUCAGUCGGGGAGAGUGGGAAGUUAAUUGAUGUGGGAUGGCCCUCAGUCUGGGUGAGGGUCAUGACAAGUUGGGCAACUGCAGGGCUCUUUAUCUGGUCCCUUUUGGCUCCAAUUCUGUUCCCUGAGAGGGAAUUCUAAAUCCUGUCUUCACCAAGCUAGAGAUAAGAAAAAAGCUCGAUGUCCGAGUAUGCUUAUUGUGUGUAAUGUGUGCCUCUACUAUCCUGAAGAAGGAAACAAAUUGUUUGUUCUGUAAAUAAAAUGAUUUGUAUCGACUUUUGGAACAUCCGGAUUUCCCCCCUAUUGUCAGGUUUUGAUAUAUGCAGAAGUUAAAGGAGUGUUAAGUUAUC